GCAGGUAACCACAUGGAUCAUUAGGCUGUGCAGUCUGCCAUUGUGUGUCAUGCCAUCUAAAUCCUACUACCUCAAUAGGAGAAAUUCAGUGGGCAGCACAGGCCUGUGAGGGAGCUGCCAGGGAACUUGCAUGUCAUGUGGAAGAUCUCUGGAACCUCAUCCAACGCCAAACAUCCAUGACAGCCAAACAAGCCCCGACAGUAGAACCCAGCCGCCUGCCUCAGUCCUCGAGCCAGAAGAGGAAGACAGAAUGGUCAUCAGAUUCUGGGGAAGAGCUGGAGGAGGAUCUGCCUGGCUUUUUGGACUCAAACCCCAGGGUAGAACCUGGCCUCCAGAGUGGGUUCUCUGGCCAAAAGAGGAAGAGAGAGUGCUCAUCUGAUUCAGAGGAGGAACUGGAGGAUCUGGAUCCUGAGCCUAAGCACCCCUGGGAUGUGGAGACCCUGUGUGGGCUCGAGAUGACGUUAAAGAAACAGCGUGUAUACCUGGUGCAACCAGAGCACCAUGAAGUCUUUGCCAGGAUGCUAGAGGAUCCUGUUGUCAAAAGAUUCCUGGCCUGGGACAAGAAGCUGAGGGUGUCUGACAAGUACCUCCUGUCUAUGGUCAUAGCUUAUUUUAGCCGGGCUGGCCUCUUCUCCUGGCAGUACCGACGAAUCCACUUCUUUCUGGCCCUCUACCUGGCCAAUGAUAUGGAAGAGGACAACCAGGCUCCUAAACAAGACAUCUUUCAUUUCCUCUAUGGGAAGAGCCACGCCCAGCGUCCCUUGUUCCACAAGCUGCGCUACCAAUUCAUCCGUUCCAUGGGCUGGAACACUUGGGUUUCCAGGGAGGAGUGUGAGGAGAUUCAAACUUACAAUCCGGAACUCUGGGUGUGGGGCCGAGAUCGUACCCUCAAUCCCUGGAAGACAUAGGUCCAUGGAGGCCUGAAGUCAUUGGCGUGAGGGCAGAUCACUGGGGGAGACACAUUUUCAGCAGGAUGUCUAUGGGGACACAGAGAGUCAUGAGAAAGGAAGAGAAGAACCUCUGUAUAGAUUGUCCAGAAGAACCAAGACUCUUCUAGAACAGCUGCAUAUUUGCUCGAAUUGUAAUCCUGGGAGCUGGGGGUAGGGGAGAUACUUCCCCUGGGAAUGAUGAGAAACUGGUUUCUUCUGGUUCCAUGGUUUCCUGAGUCACUCCCUACAUUUUAGAGUAUUGAAUACAAAUCAUCCUUGAGGUAAAAUGUCAGAGUCCUACUUUUUAUAUGUAGUUACUACAGUCUAGGACCAUUUGAAGAUGGCAUGCAGGGGUUCUGGUGGAGAGGGAAUUACUUUUAAACAAGAAAUUAGAACCAUAGUAUUGUUAUACUUUUGCUUCAUAUUUCGCAUUUUAUUGGUUUAUUUUGAAUAUAUUGGCUACUGGAUUAUUACUCUAUUGAUUUUAAAUAAUUUUAAGAUAGUUAUUGCUUUGAAAACAUAUUGUUCCUAAUCAGUUAUAUGAUGGGUGUUUUAUCUGUUAUAUGUACCCAAGUAUUUUUACUUUUUGAUAGAGAUUUUCUCUUGUUAUCGUUUUCAUUUAUAUAUCUAUUAUAUUUUAGUUCAGUUGUAGUACCCGGAAUUGUUGUACUUAUAAAGUUUCAUUUGAUGUUUAGUCUUCAUUAUUUGAUUGUGAACAAUGAACUGUCCUUUUUCAA